AUGGGUCUUUUUAGAAGCGACGAUGACAACGAUGCCCCCGUCACCUGUCCUACACAUUCACUAGCCCAAGAUGCACAUCAAAAUCUUGUUGGCAAUCUCAGUUUCUAUCAAUUCGCCAUGAUUCUUGGUGGCUCAUGUUCUGCUGUGGCCAUGAUCGUUAUGUUCACCUGCAAGCAACUCCACGCAACGCACCUCUCAAAUCCCUCCGAGCAGGUCAAGAUCAUGCGAGUCGGCAACCUCAUCUCUGCUUUCGCCCUCAUCUCAUUCCUUUCUAUCUGUUUCCCCACUGCCGAGGUCUACAUCCAGCCAUGGCUUCACGUCUUUGAAGGUUUCGCUCUCGGAUCCUUCUUUCUGCUCCUCUGCGAUUAUGUAUCGCCCCACCGCGACCAGCGCGAUGUCUUUUUCGCGACCAAGCGAAAUAAUGGAAUGAAAUGGUUCAAGACCCGCUGGGUCAUGAUUUUUCAGAUGCCAGUCCUUGCCAUUGGUGUUGCCAUUGCAACUGACAUCACCCAAGCUGCUGGCGUCUUCUGUCAAGAGAGCAACUCGCGCGAGUUCGCCAACAUUUACCUGCGCGUUAUUAUGACCAUCUCGCUCAUUGUUUCUGUCGCCGCGAUCCUUCAGAUGUACAUGCUCCUCAAGAAGGACCUUGCCCAUCACUCCCCGAUGCUCAAGCUUACCGCCUUUAAAAUUGUGGUUGGAUUGACCUUUCUCCAAGAGAUCAUCUUUUGGAUCCUCGGAGACCAAGGCGUUCUCGAGCCUACCGAUGUACUCACAUACGCUGAUGUUCAUAUCAGUCUUCCCAACCUUGUCACUUGUGUUCUGAUGGUCCCCCUGUCGAUAUUCUUCUACAUUGCCUACCCUUGGAAGGUCUAUGUCCACGGUCACGGUCGUGGAACAUUUGCCAAGCUGGAAGAGAAUGACAGGCCAGAGCAAUCCUACCAGGGAGGACCGUUUGGCAUUUACGCUUGGCUGGCAAUGCUUAACCCAUCUGAUUCUUUGAAGGCGAUCCUGUUUAUCUUUCAGGGUACUGAGAGGAGAACAUCGCCUGGAACUCCCGUUGCUAUGACUGGGUAUAACUCGGAUGAUGCUUUGAUGUCGCGUCCCUACAAUGCAGACUCUUACUCUGCCACAGCCCAGGGACAACGUCUUUGA